AUGUCCUCUGGGUCGGAAAAUACAUUUUCCAAUUGCAUCAUAACUUGCACUAUUAUAGGAACGACUGGAAACUUGGAAAAAUCGUUUAGAAAUUAUUAUUCAGGGGUUUUAGGGGCUGCCGAACUCUAUUCUGGCAUUAUAAUUACCCGGGGGUGGCUCUGUGGGGGUGCGCGGGAGGUGAAUUGGGGAAGAAAUGGCAGCGUGCAUGAAAGUCGCUCCAAACUCGUUACGGGUUUUUGGGGAUGCCUAAUUCAAUUCUGGCAUUGGAAAUACCCGGGAGUGCACGAAGGUGACAACAUUUCUUGUUCUUGUCAAACCGACUGUGGCACGAGGUGCGGGUGCCGCCGAAAGGGGUUGGAGUGCUCACUUGCAUGCAAGCAUUGCGAUGGCAUUAAUUGUUCAAACCAAAAAGGCACCUCCAACGGGGCCAAGGAUACUGACGAAGAAGAAGAUGAGGGAGGGGGAGAAGAUAUAGAAGGGGAAGAAGAGUUUGAACAACAUGUUUAG